AUGUCAUCGUCGUUCGCUUCUUUGAAACAACCUCAAAAGGACAAGGUCAGGCAAUUCGUAGGUGUUACUGGUGCAGAUGAGAGAGCAGCACUACGCUUCCUCAAAGACUCUGGUUGGAAUCUCGAAUUGUCAGUUUCUGCCUAUUUUGAUGAUCCAAAUGCCAUGCGAGCCGAUUCAGGCUAUGGGUCUAACGGUCCCAGAACUGCCGCUGUUCCACAAGUCGACAUGAACAAGAUAAAUGCGCUUUAUGACACGUAUAGAGAUAAAGAAGAAGAUAUGAUUACUAUUGACGGGACUUUACAGUUCUGUGAGGAUUUGGGAGUCGCACCUGAAGAUGUUGUGAUGCUAGUGUUUGCAUUUCAUAUGAAGUCGGAAUUCAUGGGACAGUGGAAGCGGAAGGGAUGGCAAGAAGGAUGUACAAAGUUGAGCUCACCAGCAGCCUUGUCGCUCAGGGCGGAUACUAUUGAGAAACUACAGGCCCAAGUGCCUGUUCUGCGGCAACAACUCAAUGAACCAGCUCGAUUUAAAGAGAUUUAUCAAUUCACAUUUGGAUGGGCUCGAACAAGUGCUGCAGCCAGAAGUUUAGAAUUGGAUACCGCAAUAUCGUUUUGGAAGUUAUUGCUUAGUGACAAGUUCAAGCACCUGGAUUUGUGGGAACAGUUUCUCAGGGAAAAUCAUGGCAAAUCGAUUAGCAAAGAUACCUGGAAUUUGUUCUUGGACUUUAUCAGACAAUCAGGAGAUGAUUUCAAGUCGUAUGACAGUGAUGGUAAAAUUGACCGUCACACGCUCUCUGCAACCAUUCCCUUAUUCACUCCAUCAUCUUGUCCGAUAGGUGCAUGGCCAGCCAAACGAACGAAAAAAGUCGGUGUCGUCGGUAAAUACGGUACCCGUUAUGGUGCUUCGUUAAGGAAGCAAGUAAAGAAGAUGGAAAUCACUCAACAUGCUAAAUAUGCGUGUACUUUCUGUGGAAAGGACUCUGUAAAGAGAAGUGCUGUUGGUAUCUGGGGAUGCAAAGCUUGUGGAAAGGUCAUGGCUGGUGGUGCUUGGACUGUUACUACCACUGCCGCUUCGACCGUUAGGAGUACCAUUCGUCGUCUACGAGAGUUGACGGAAGCAUAG